GCUGAAAAAGUGCAUUUUAACAUUCUAUUGAUGAAAUAUUUAUACAUAAAUUAAAAAAAUAUGGAUCUAUCUAUAGAAAACAUUACAGGGAAAUAGUUAAUAAUAUAAAUUAGUAUUUCAGUUAUUGAAAACAAGUGGAAAAAGUCGUAAAAAGUUUUAUUUAUUCCAAAAAAUAAUAUAAAAUCCCUAAAGCAACUGGUGGUGUACACCAGUAACCUUCCUAAUAGGAAUUACAUCAAUACAAUUAUUGAGCAAACAAAGUAAACGCUGUAAGAGAAAAAGAAACACACAAACAUGAAUUUACAGUCAUUAUUUCGAGAUUUCAAUCCUAGUAAAUUUAUAGUACACUGUAGUUUGUUUACGUUUGUAAUAUUAUUUGCCUUAAGGUUAGAUGGUUACAUAGAUUGGCCUUGGUGGGCUAUUUUUACCCCCCUGUGGAUUUGGAAAACUAUUGCUGCAUUGGGUGCCACUGUGGGAGCAAUAGUAUGGUGUCGUUAUCCCCACUAUAGACUUGAAGGUGAUUCCUACACACAAUUUAAGGCCAUGUUAAUAUCCCUGUCAUUGCAUUUGAUAUUACUUAUGUUUGAAUUGUUGGCCUGUGACAAUUUGACCUCGAAACGCCAUUUAUGGGUAUUGGUUUUUAUACCUUUGAUAUUUGGUUCGGUGGCCAGUGUGGGUGCUUGUGUUUGGGCUGUUAAGCAUGAUCGUUCAUUUGAAUUGGAAUUGUUUUUGGCAGUUAAUGCUCUGCAGUUUGUUUCCCUACCCCUAAAAUUGGAUCAGUUUGUUACAUGGAAUUGGGAAGUGGUGUUUGUUCCCAUGUGGAUUGUUAUAUGCUUAAGUUUAGUUAGUGUCUUGUAUAAUAUAAUAUUUUGCGGUAUAAUGAUGCGUACGCCUGAAAUAUCUUUACAACAGAAAAAGGCAGCUCUUAAUGCAGCUGUAGGUAAUAUAUGUACGGUAUUACCGCUGUUAUUCUUUCAAGUUGUUAUAUGUGACAAACUUGAGGGUGAAUUAAAAUUCCCAUAUAUUGUUAUUUUCUCUCCCCUGUUGGCCUCUAUUUUUGCUCUAAUUGUCCUAAGUUUCAGUGCAAAAGGUGGUAAUAAAUGGUGGUUUGGCAUACGUAAAUCAUUUAGUCAAUUCCUACUCUCCGCCAUGCCAUUCCUACAGGAAUAUGGCAAUAUAUCGUAUCAUGCCGACAAUAGUAAUGCACAACAAUCGCAGCCCUUAGAUGGUGGCUCAUCAUCAAGCACGGUACAUAUGGGUGAUUUUGAUAAACAUGACAAAAAGAGUAAAAAAUCGGCUAAAAAUGAUAGUAUGAAACCAGUUGUACCCAUAAUAAGUAUUGAUUUGCCUGAUUAAGUAACAGAAAAUAAAAAUACAAACUCCCACCACCACACCUCCCUUACUCGCAGGCAAAUCCUAAAACAUUUAACAUUUUACUAGUAAGUGUUAGUAGUUAAGAAUUGUUCAUUUUUUUUUUAUUAAAAAUCUUUUUAUAUAUUUUUUUUAAGUAAAAAAACACUUCCAAUUCAAGAAUUUCAUUUGUCUUUUUAUUUCGAAAAGUGUGAAAAAAACAAAAUCAUGCAUAGUUUUGUAUCUCUUUAAGUUUUGUUAAUAAUGAAUUUUAUAAACUUUUAGUACACUAAAUACUUAGUUAAAUGAAGAAAUACUAGUAAUGGAAAUAAAUUUAAAUGAAAUAAACUUACGAACAAAUAUUGUUCGAAAAAAAUUGAAUUCAAUAACUUAGGUACGAAUUAAUUAGUAUUAUAGCAAACAACAAAAAAAUAAGGAAUUAUAUGUACUAGAAUAUUAGUAAAUAAACAGAAAUAUAAAUGUUGAAAAAAA